AUGGGCAGCGAGCCAGUCAACGGUCAGACUGUCAUUGUGACAGGGGGCGCCAGCGGCAUCGGUCUUGCUAUGGUGGAGCACUUUGCUUCGCAGGGGAACAACGUCGCAGUCUUCGACGUGAACCUAGAAGUCGGAAACCAGGUUGUCUCCGGCGUCGCGAAGAAAAACCCCGAAGCCAAAAUUCAGUUCAAGAAGUGCGACGUCUCGUCGUGGGAAAGCCAAGCACAAGCUUUCAAAGAUGUAUUCCAGGAGUUCGGACGAAUCGAUAUUGUCAUGGCAAACGCUGGGAUCUCCGAGCAAGGCGGGAGCGCUCUAGCAAGCAUCGAAGAGGACGAGCCCAAGGAGCCCAACUUGAAGAUCAUGGAUGUGGACCUUUCUGGCGUUAUCUACUCUGUGAAACUCGCCAUACAUUACAUGAACAAGAACCCAUCCACAGGCCCUUCUCGAGGUUCGAUCAUCUGCACAGCUUCCAACGCCGGGCUCUACCCAUUCCCGGUUUCACCACUCUACGCAGCUGCAAAGGCAGGCGUAAUAGGCCUCGUUCGCUCUACCGCGCCGAUAGUCGAGCGCCACAAGAUCCAGAUCAAUGGUCUGGCGCCUGCAGUACUAGUCACGAAUAUCGCACCAAACAAGGCACUAUUCGAGAGCAUGGUCAUUACACCGAUGUCAACGUUGAUCAAGGGUGUUACAAAGUUUGUGGACGAUCCAAGCUUGAAUGGCGAACUGGCCGAAAUUCAUGGGGAUAACGCCACUCUUCGCCCACCACAUGACUAUGUUGAUGAGGAUAGUAAGAAGAACCUGCAGAGGUUUUGGAGCUUAGGUUAUGCUUGA